ACGGACUGCAUUGAUCACCAUGUGGUUCAAGUGGCAACUUCUUCCUAGAGUAUCUUCGCAAGUUCGCAUCCUUCCAUCCAUUCUACUCCCUUCCUUCUCCUCCUUUUCCCUUGGGCCAUCCAUACCCACCUUGGCUCGAUCCCAUUCUCUUCUCCAUCAUGGAUCCGGCACUGCCUGCCUUCCUGCCUUGCUCGUCCCGUAUCCGUUUUCCCGCCUGUGUUCGAAACAAUUGGAUGGAUCUCUUUAGGCAUCACCAUAAACUCUGUAGUCUGUUCCGCCUCGGAGAGCGGAGCAAUUGAAUCCCAUCAACGUGAGACAGUAUGCGCGUCUCUGGCGUUACGUGGACUUUCUAAUGUUACUAUAUACGGGUAUG